GAGCAAGAAUUAAGGUUUUUACACUCAUCCUAGUUGGCAGCACCGUAUUAUGUAAACGUCCCCUGUGAACUCCGGGCAAAUAGAAGAAGAAAAUGGCGGGAAAAUUUUGUUGUGUAUAGAGAAAAUUGGAAAUUCCUUUGGUGUCGAUGGCUUCUCUUUUUGGUGACGACGGGGUGGAUGACCUGUUUAACGACAAUGUUCCCGAGCACCUAGACCAAUUGCCCAGCGACAAUGAGGGGGAGAAAUUGUUUGCCGACGACGAGGACAACAAGGAAAGCGGAGAACCCGGAAGUCAGGAUGCCAUAACGGUGGAGCCCAAGAAGCGGGCAGUUCGGAAUCCUCGACCCCGCCUGACAGUUGAUACCUUGCGUGGCCCAAGGGGAAUUCAGACCAUCGAGGGUUAUUUUAAGGACAUCAAGUUUAAGGGAAAGGGCUACGAGAAAAGCGAUCUGGAUGAGGUUCUUCGUCGGCUGCAGCACUGGGGUCACCGGAUGUACCCCACCUACACUUUUGACGAUGUGCUGAACAAUAUUGAGCGGCUAGGCAAGAAGAAGCCGCUUCAGGUACACAUGACCCGCUACCGUUUGGGUCAACUGGAAGAUUUCCCGACUCACGAUGCGAAUGCCUUGGAGGAGGGCCAGGAUGAUCAGCAGGAUGACGCUGAGGAGGAACCCUUUGAUGAGUUCGAUGCACUUCUAGGCGAACAGAUAGCUAUUUCCAAGUUGGCACCAAGAACGCCCCACCAAAGGAGCAUGUCCACUGCCUCCGCUGGUAGCAGCACUUUGGUCACCCCAUCGUUUUCCCGUGGUGCUGUGGUGUCGACACCGUAUUCCACUGUAAACGCCCCUGCUUUUGAUAGAAAUGGAGCACCCAUAGCUGCUUCUUAUGACCGGAAUGGCGGUCCAUUAGACAUGAGCGAUUACGGGCAACCACUACCGCCAUCACAGCCACCUACACCGGCAGCCAAGAAGCUCUCCACGGAUCAAAUGGCGCGCAUCGCCGAGAACCGGAGAUUAGCGCAGGAGAGACUCAAAGCCAAGCAGGCUUCGCAGCAAGACACCCCCAGUUAGCAACUACGAAACACCAUAGCCAUUCGGCAAGUAAAAAUAAAUAAUUCAAAAGUAUGUUAUUGCCUAUUUAAGUUCAAAAUAAAAUUGUUCUUUGUAUUUUUGAUAGAAAAUUACCCGAAA